UUAUUUCAUCAUUUUUUUUUUUUUUUUAAACUACAAGCCUUGUACUUUGGCCCGAGAGCGCUCUCUCUCCCGGCGACGACGGUUAAGAAGAGCCAUAGAUGGAUCAUAAUAACUCGCCGAGAUCUCGUCGGAGCCGUAAACCGGAUCCUAAACCGGACAUAUACUCAACUUUCGUAGUCCACUCCGACUCCGAUUCUGACCAAGGUCGAGAUCGAGACAAACGCAAAUCCAAACCUGAGGAAGACGAGAAUGUCGAUUUAUACGCAACCAUGGUUUACAAAGGCGAUAGUGACGGAGGAGGAGGAGGUGAUGAAGAUGAUGAAGACGAUUCUAUGCUUCCUCCUCUUCUCAAGCGUCUUCCCAAAGAUUUCGGAGGCGGCGCCUCGCUCGAUUACGACGAAGACGACGGUGAUGAAACCGGAGAUUUCGGUACGAUGAUUGUGAAAACAGAUCGGAGUAGUAGUCAUAGUAAGAACAGUCCGUAUUCGUCUAAUCCGAGAUUGGGAGUUAGUCCUAGGAGGAGAGGCGGAGAUGAGGAAUCUUCCGAUGAGGAAGAGGAGGAGGAGGAAGAAGAAGAUGACGAUGAUGAUGACGAUGACGGAGACUACGGUACGUUUGUUGUGAAACCUAAGGCUAAAAACGGAAAGAGUAAAAAAGAGAAGGAGAUUGAUAUGUCAACUAUGGGAAGAGCUGUGGCGAGUAUGCAGAAAUCAAACUUUGGUGGUAAGACUCGGAAACUGGAUCCUUCGUCGUCUUCUUCUAAGCUUCAAGGUGAAGAUAAUCGGAAAAUGCAGCAGCAGAACAGUAAGAUGUCAACCACGUCUCUUCCUGAUAGCAUUACUAGAGAAGAUCCAACCACCAAAUACGAAUUCCUCAAUGAACUUGGGAAAGGAUCAUAUGGAUCUGUCUACAAGGCUAGAGAUUUGAAAACAUCGGAGAUUGUUGCGGUGAAAGUCAUAUCACUUACCGAAGGGGAGGAAGGCUAUGAAGAAAUCCGGGGAGAAAUUGAGAUGCUGCAGCAGUGUAAUCAUCCAAAUGUUGUCCGUUACCUUGGGAGUUACCAGGGAGAAGAUUAUCUUUGGAUAGUGAUGGAGUAUUGUGGAGGUGGAAGUGUUGCUGAUCUUAUGAAUGUUACCGAGGAGGCAUUGGAGGAGUAUCAGAUAGCAUAUAUAUGUCGGGAGGCGUUGAAGGGCCUUGCAUACUUGCACUCAAUAUACAAAGUUCAUAGAGAUAUUAAGGGUGGAAAUAUCUUGUUGACCGAACAAGGAGAGGUCAAGUUGGGUGACUUUGGGGUUGCGGCUCAACUUACGAGGACUAUGUCGAAGAGAAACACGUUCAUUGGGACUCCGCACUGGAUGGCCCCGGAGGUUAUUCAGGAAAAUCGUUAUGAUGGGAAGGUGGAUGUAUGGGCUCUUGGUGUUUCAGCAAUUGAGAUGGCAGAGGGGCUUCCUCCAAGAUCAGCAGUUCAUCCGAUGAGGGUUUUGUUCAUGAUAUCCAUCGAGCCAGCUCCAAUGCUUGAGGAUAAAGAAAAAUGGUCCCUGGUCUUCCAUGAUUUUGUUGCAAAAUGCCUUACAAAGGAACCACGUCUUCGCCCGACUGCAGCUGAGAUGCUUAAGCACAAAUUUGUUGAGAGAUGUAAAACUGGAGCUUCUGCAAUGUCGCCAAAGAUUGAGAAGUCAAGACAAAUCAGAGCUUCCAUGGCUCUUCAAGCGCAAAAUGUUGUCGCACCUUCAGACGACUCUUCAACACUGGGUCCAAAAUCAAGUGAAGAAUAUGGAAUUACUGUUCCAUCUAAACCUCCUCAAAAUUCCACCGAAGCACCUUCAACCAGCACCCUGAAUCGGCAGCAUGUAUCUGGAGAAGGUGGUGACUUUGGAACUAUGAUUGUUCAUGGUGAGGAUGAGACAGACGAGAGUGACUCCAGAUCUCAACUUGUCAGAGAGAAAGAAUCUUCAUUGUCUCAGGUUGAAGGUGUUUCUGGCGGAUUCGUAGGAGAAGAAUUACCUGACUCAUGGAGCCACGAGAAAAAGAAUCUUCUUGUUACCAAUGUUCCAGUUGAAGAUUCAACUUCACAGAGCAAGCAAGCAAGUUCAUCUCAUGAGCAUAAAACCAAGCUGAAUAACAUAUCUGGAACACAUACAGUAGGUGGCAGUGAUGCAAGUGAAACUGUUGGCAGGAAAGCUUUUGCUUUGCAAGAUAAGUUGUGGUCUAUAUAUGCAGCUGGAAACACGGUACCGAUACCAUUCUUGAGAGCAACAGAUAUAUCCCCGAUUGCACUCUUGUCAGAGAACAUGAUUGGAGGCAUGCAACAAGAUGGGAAUGGAACUGUAGCCGUUGAAGCACUUCAGGAGCUUUUCACUUCUGAUCCCCAAUCCAAAAAGGGCCGACGUGGACAAAACGAGAUGCCUCUUCCUCCAAGCGUAUACCAAAGACUGACUACAAGCUCUUCUCUGAUGAACCUUGCACAAGUUUUAGCAUACCACAGAGCGUGUUACGAGGAAAUGCCGCUGCAGGAACUGCAAGCAACGCAGGAGCAGCAAACGAUUCAGAAUCUCUGCGAUACUCUUCGCACAAUUCUCCGCCUGUAAAAGUUGUUUGUACAUCUGGUGCUACUCUUGUAUUAGUAUAGGUUUGUGAACAAGUUUUUUUUCUUUUUCUUUUUCGUAUAAUUUCUUAACUACAAUCAAUUUUGCUAGAAUAUUGAAUGAGAAAAAAAUGGAAACA